AUGGCUGAUCAAAGUGAGGAUGAAAUCCGUGAGCGGCUGAAGACGGCCCUGUGGUUCUCCAUCGGCAAGAUCGUCGAUGAGGAGUCCAUGAGAAGGAACAGGAAUGCCACGCCGCAGUUUAUCGGUGCGCUGACGGAUAUGGUAUGGAGUCAGAUCGGUAAGUUCAUGCUUUGGGUUGAUCAGUAG